AAAAUCCUUCUUGUUAAUACUUCCGGUUCCGACUGAGGAGGCACCAGGCACCCCGUCGCUGUUGGCUUUGUGGUCGUUGCAGUCUCGUUGUCACCUGUUCCCUUUGUGUUUGAAUUUGAUGGCUGUUUCUUAUGUUCACAUGGUUCAAUCUGCCAGGGGUUUCCACAAGGGAAACCUCUCCUAUCCCAGAUGCAGUUACAAGCCCCGCGUAGUUCUUGCUUCUAUGCAUUUGUCAGACCCUAAGGUAGACUCAUUCUUGGACAGUGUAAAAUGGGAUAAUAAAGGAUUGGCUGUGGCAAUAGCUCAAAAUGUUGAUACAGGGGCCAUAUUAAUGCAAGGUUUUGCAAAUAGAGAAGCAGUGGCUACAACCAUAUCUUCUCGAAAGGCCACAUUCUAUAGCCGGUCACGAUCAACAUUGUGGACCAAAGGAGAGACCUCUAAUAAUUUUAUCAAUAUUCAUGAUGUCUUUCUUGAUUGUGAUCAUGAUUCGAUAAUAUACCUUGGGAAACCUGAUGGGCCUACCUGCCACACAGGGUCAGAAACAUGCUAUUAUACAUCAGUGUUUGACUUGUUAAAACAUCAAGAGGCUCAAGGAAAUAAAUUGGCUUUGACCUCUUUGUAUGAGUUAGAGACAACGAUCUCCCAACGCAAGGCAGAGUUGGCACAAGAAAACGGAAAGCCUUCAUGGACAAAGCGCUUGUUGCUUAAUGAUAAGUUGCUGUGCUCUAAAAUCAGAGAAGAGGCAAAUGAAUUGUGUCAAACACUAGAGAAUAAUGAGGACAAGUCACGUACUGCGUCAGAGAUGGCUGAUGUACUCUAUCAUGCCAUGGUUCUGUUGGCACAGAAAGACGUCAAAAUAGAAGAUGUUUUGCAGGUUCUUAGGCAGAGAUUUUCCCAAUCUGGUAUUGAGGAAAAAAGAAGUCGUGUACCCGAGAAACCGGUGGAUGAUUGACUUUUCUCUCAAGUCUAUAUUUCAAACCAUAUAUUUUGCUAUUGGUGACAUAGCAGGAUGUACCAUACAAUUUCUUACCCGUGUGACGAUUUUAAGUAGAGGGUAACUUAUUAAAUAAUGUAGAGAAUGUGAAGAACACCAUGUAACUGUGGUCCUGAAUUUUUUCUAGAGAUCAGUUUUACAAAUUUUUAGACGUUUUAAGUUAAUGUAUUGUUACAUGCAUGCUUAUGGAGCAAACUGCUAGUCUGCAAUGCGCAAAAUUGGCCAUCUUAGUUAUUUGUCUAUGUUGGACUGUUGAAAUUUGUGUCGUCUUGUGAUACCCUCAAUUUAAUGUUUUUAUCUUUGACUUUUAUU